GCUCAGCCCAUUUCUCAGAGGAGGACAUUGAGGCUUGGAGAGGGGCAGAUGGAGCAAACACAUGACAGAGAUGAAACUGGAGGUCACCCUCCUCUUCCACUGUCUUCCCAUAGCUCUCUGGCUCUGGGCCAGUCAUGACGCCUCUAAGUCCUUCAAUUUCGUCAUCUGAACACCGGGCUAUUAAUAGCACCGAGCAGAUGGGAGGCUGAGGUGUGGGUUUACACAGCACCUACCACGGGAUAAGCAUUCACGGCCUGUCAGCCCUGCCACUGCCGUGACUGUCAAGGUGUUGUGGGGACCCACGUCUCUGCUGCCCUUCCAGAAAGACUGUGGAACAUGAUACAGCCUUGUCAGCCCCAGGUAAGACUCCUUGGGCAGGGGAGGGCCCCAAGGACCCCGCUCAGCCUGCAGGGUGGAGUUCAGCUCUGCCCCAGGGUCAUCUGGCCCUGACACCUACCUGGUCCCUGCCAUCCCAGCCGACAACCAGGCCAUCCCAGUGGCUGCCUCCCGAAUUCUCUGAGGACAGGUGGAGGCUGCAGUGUCAUGGCAGGGGGAGGGGCAGCAGGUGGGUGAACUCCACUGGGCAGGUGAGUACACAUACAAAGCGUAGGCCAUGUGAGCUGAGGUCAGCAGCUCCAGGCCCAGGGGGUGUUCAGGGGACCCUCAGUGGAUACCGCUGCCAGCUCAGGCAGGUGGCCACUUGGGGGUCACACACCCAGAUAAUUUUCACAAAAUUUGGAAGCUACGCGUUCACUUUGUCACCAUUACUACUUGAUACCCUGCACUGUCCCUGUGGGAGCCCCCGUUACAAUGAGACUUCAUGACUCCUCCCCAGCCCUUGGACCUGGGCUGGCCUCGUGAUGUGCUAAUGGAAUUUAGUGAAGUUGACUGAGUGCCAGUUCUAAGCCCAGCCCUUAAGACACCUUGCCCUGCUUCCUCCCUCGAAGCCCUGCCCAGCCACAGGAGAACAAACCUGCUCGCUUGUGGGCUGGUGCCACCUGGGGUUGGAGGGAGCCUGGUUUCAGCUCAGGAUGUCGAAGCACAGCUGACAGCCAGCCCCCGAGCAGGUCAGAGAGCCUAGCCAAUGCCAGCAGAGCCGCCUGCUCACCCUGCAGCUGACCUUGAACAUGCAGAAGACCAGAAAAGCUGCCCAGGUAACCCACAGCCUCGAGAGCAAAGAGCAGCGCUUGCUUUAUGCCGCUGAGUUUCGGAGCAGUUUGUUACCAUCUUGAAUCAGGAGCUAUGGGUGCGGCCCCAACCCCCAGCAACCUGCAUCACUCUUGGGGCCUCACAUGCAUGGGUGACCUGCGCCCCCUCAGAACCCCCACACCCCCAUGCCUCCCAGUCCUAUGCCUCCUUCCAUCUUGGGGUAUGACAGGUGCACCCCAUAGCUGAGUCCUCACAACAGUCUCCACAUCCUGGGUCUUCUUCCUUUGUCCCCCAGGUGAGUCAAGCUGCCCUGACCUCCUGCCUCACUUGACCCCACCUCCUGAGGCCCCUGCACAGUCCUGCUUUCCCAGACUCCUACAACAGAAGGCUGCCCGGAGGCCCUUUUCACUGUGGUGAGCUCUGAGCUCUGUACAAAGGGCACCCUGUUCAGAUGGGCUGCAGGGAGCCGUACCCAGAGACACUGGCACUGGCUGGUUCUCAGGGCAUCACCCAGUCAUUGGUUCUGGGGAAGCUGACCACAUGCAGGGCUGGAAGCCUUUUCCCUGCCACCCACUGACCCACGACCUGCAACGCUGUGACCACAGUGUGGGGAUGCAGGCUGUGAGGCUCACCAAGGGUGGCACAAAUACACACACACACACUCACACACAUGCACACACACAAGCUCAAAUACAGUCAUGCUCAAAGGCACACCCAUGCACACACAUGCAUGCACACGCACAUGCUCAAAUACAGUCAUGCCAACACAUGCACACCGGCAUACACACAUGCACACACACAUGCACGCAUGUGCACAUACAUGCACACAUACAAAGCAUACACAUGUGCAUACACAUACAUGCACAGGCACAUGCUCAAAUACAAGCACAUGCUCAAAUACAAGCACACACACAUGCAUGCACAGAUGCAGGCAUGCACACAUACGCACACACAUGCACAUGCUCAAAUACAGUCAUGCCAACACAUGCACACCGGCAUACACACAUGCACACAUACAUGCACACACAGCAUACACACGUGCAUACACACACAUGCAUACAAACACAUGCAGACAUACAUGCACACUGCAUUGGCUUGUUGAGGACCUGCUCAUUUCCUCUGCCUUCCAGGGCACACGUGGCAAACAUGACACUUGGAGUAUUCCAUCAGGCCACCUGGCAAGCCGUGCCCCGGACUGGGGUCUGCAUUCUGUCUCCGCACCUGGCAGGUCGGGGGUCGGGCUCUUCUCUGUGCCCAGCGGGUUUCUCACACAGAAACUGACAGUCUACGUGGCUGCACAGGCUAUGAAUGACAACCCCUUCCAGGGAUGCCUGUUCUUGGAGGACCCCGGGGCUCACAGCUGCCAUCAGGGCUGCAUUGGCACUCACCUCUCCUGGCACCAGAAUUGCCCAGGGAUGCCACCCCUCCCAUGCCUUGGCCCGUUCUCCCUGCCCGGUUGCACUCAGGAUAAAUCCCAGCUCCUGCGUGACCCGGGUCCCCCAAGCCUCCUGCCUCACCUCCUCCCUUCUCCCCACUCCGGCCACACUGGCCUCCCUGAUGCUGCUCCACACGCAAAUCUCACUUCCACCCAGGGCCUUCCACCUGAAGUGCCUCUGCUCAGCCUCAGCACCUCAGCCAGCUCCUUCUUAUCCCUCAGAUCUCAGCUUGGAAGUCACCUCCUCUAAGAGGCCUUCCCAGACCUCAUUACCUAAAGGAGCCCCACACCCCACACAGACCCUGAUUGCUCUCACAGUCUUUCCCAUGUGGGGAAAUGGUCAUGUUGAAUGUUAUUUUGCUUAUGUGUGUCCCAUUUGCUUAUGACUGUCUCCCUGAGGGGGGACACCUGGGCCAUCUUGCUUCCCGAUGGGUCCCUCGUGCCUAGAAUCACACCUGGGAUUAGCAGGUCCUCAGUGAUGGCUUUUUUUUUUUUUGAGACCAAGUCUCACUCUG